ACUACACUAUCCCAGCGCACGAGCUGGGAGCCGCACGGCCGCAGCCGCCUCCACCGCCGCUCCCGAGCUUCUCUCAUGGCGGCCAUGGCCACGGCAGCCAAGCUCACGGCGGCCGCCUCCGCUCACCUCCUCCGGCGUUCUCCCUUGCUGCGAGCUCACGGUAUCCGAGUCCCCCGCCGCGUCGCUCCCCAGAGAUUUGUGCGCCACAUUGCUUCAUCAACAAAUGAAGAAGCUGCUGCUAAAGCAGCGGCAGCAACUGCUGAUAUUGGAGGACCAACCAUUUUUGACAAGAUAAUUGCAAAGGAAAUUCCUUCGAAUGUUGUCUAUGAGGAUGAGAAAGUGCUGGCAUUUAGAGAUAUUAAUCCACAAGCCCCUGUGCACGUUCUAGUCAUUCCAAAAGUAAGAGAUGGGCUAACUGGACUAGACAAGGCUGAACCAAGGCAUGUCGAAAUUCUGGGGUAUCUCCUAUAUGCUGCGAAAAUAGUGGCUGAGAAGGAAGGAAUAGCUGAAGGGUACCGUGUUGUCAUAAACAAUGGACCUAAAGGAUGUCAAUCGGUCUAUCACCUGCAUUUGCAUGUACUAGGUGGAAGGCAGAUGACAUGGCCUGCUGGUUAAAUAAUCCAGUUUGGUUAUCUUCGCCAGUUUGUCUGUCUGCUUCGCUACUAUCUGCCUGCAUUGGUGAAUGGUGAUGCCCCUGUGUGAAUCUAUACAUUUUCUUUUAGUGAGAUUUGUUUUGUCAUCCUGUAAUCACUCACUGUGAACUGCAAUGCUAUAUUUUUUAUGAUGUAGUGUUGGAUGCAGUGCACCGAAUUCUAUUGUAAGGGCUCGUUCGGUUUAGUAGGAUUUCCAAAUCAUAGAAUAGAAAAAUAAAGUAUUAGGAUGUCAUAUGCACUGCAAUCCUUACAAAAUUUUCCAAGAGCUCUCACCUUAUUCUAAGAAUCCUAUGGAACACAAAUUAAUUAAGUCAUAAGGAUACA